UCUGCCUCUGCUAAGGAUAUCCUUCCUUCCUCUAGACUUCCCUCCGUCUUCUCCGAUCAGCCGGCGCGCGCUUCCUCCCUUCGCUACUCCAAUCGAAUGCAAGGACCACAUGCUCCCCCUUCUCCUCCUGCCGCCAUGCUCAUCCGCCUCCUGCAUUGCUUCCUACUCCUCCUCCCCUCGCUUGCCGCUGCGGCGCCCCACCGCCACCACGUCCACGCCGCGGGCGACGGCGUCGUCAUCAGCCAGGCCGACUACCAGGGCCUCCAGGCCAUCAAGCACGACCUCUCCGACCCCUACGGCUUCCUCCGCUCCUGGAACGACACCGGCCUCGGCGCCUGCUCCGGCGCAUGGGCCGGCGUCAAGUGCGUCCAGGGCAAGGUCGUCGCCAUCACCCUCCCCUGGCGCGGCCUCGCCGGCACGCUCUCCGAACGCAUCGGCCAGCUCACCCAGCUAAGGCGACUCAGCCUCCACGACAACGCCAUCGCCGGCCCCAUCCCCACCUCCCUCGGCUUCCUCCCCGACCUCCGCGGCGUCUACCUCUUCAACAACCGCUUCUCCGGCGCCGUUCCGCCCUCCAUAGGCAACUGCGUCGCGCUCCAGGCCUUCGACGCCAGCAACAACCUCCUCACCGGCGCCAUCCCCUCCUCCCUCGCCAACUCCACCAAGCUCAUGCGCCUCAACCUCAGCCACAACUCCAUCUCUGGCGACAUCCCACCCGAGGUCGCGGGUUCGCCGUCGCUUGUCUUCCUCGCACUCUCCCACAACAAGCUGUCCGGACACAUCCCCGACGCCUUCGCUGGCUCCAGGGCGCCCUCCUCGUCCUCGCUUAAGGAAGCCAUCACCGGGAGCUACCACCUCACCGUCCUCGACCUCUCGCACAACUCGCUCGACGGCCCCAUACCGGAGUCGCUCGCCGGACUACAGAAGCUGCAGGUGGUCGACCUCGCCGGCAACAGGCUCAACGGCACCAUCCCUGAGAAGGUUGGGUCACUGCCCGACCUCAAGACGCUCGACCUCUCCGGCAACGCCCUCUCUGGCGUGAUCCCGGCGAGCCUGUCCAACCUCACCUCCACUCUCCAAGCCUUCGAUGUCUCCAACAACAACCUCUCCGGCGAAGUGCCGGCCUCGCUCGCGCAAAAGUUUGGGCCUUCCGCCUUCGCCGGAAACAUACAGCUCUGCGGCUACUCUGCUUCGGUGCCCUGCCCGGCGUCUCCGUCUCCGGCGCCGUCCGCACCGGCAUCACCAACGCAGGUGGAGGCCUCGGGGCGCCACCGGAAGUUCACCACCAAGGAGCUCGCGCUGAUCAUCGCCGGAAUCGUCGUCGGCAUCCUUGUCUUGCUGGCUCUCUGCUGCCUGCUGCUCUGCUUCUUGACGAAGAAGGGGUCCGGAUCACGGAGCGGCGGGAAGCAGAUGGCGAGCAAGGCAGCAGGUGGUGCCGGAGCGGCGACGGGCGGGCGAGGCGAGAAGCCAGGGUCGGGGGCGGCGGAGGUGGAGUCCGGAGGCGAGGUGGGAGGGAAGCUGGUGCACUUCGACGGGCCGAUGGCGUUCACGGCGGACGACCUGCUGUGCGCGACGGCGGAGAUAAUGGGGAAGAGCACGUACGGGACGGUGUACAAGGCGACGCUGGAGGACGGGAGCCUGGUGGCGGUGAAGCGGCUGAGGGAGAAGAUCACCAAGGGCCACAAGGACUUCGAGGCCGAGGCGGCGGUGCUCGGCAAGAUCCGCCACCCCAACCUGCUGCCGCUCAGAGCCUACUACCUCGGCCCCAAGGGCGAGAAGCUUCUUGUGCUCGAUUUCAUGCCCAAUGGCAGCCUCUCCCAGUUCCUCCAUGCUCGCGCGCCAAACACUCCGAUCGACUGGGAGACUAGGAUGACAAUCGCCAAGGGCACAGCCCGUGGCCUGGCCUUCCUCCACGACGACAUGACCAUCGUCCACGGCAACCUCAACGCCAGCAACGUCCUCCUCGACGACCACACCAAUCCCAGGAUCGCCGACUUCGGCCUGUCUCGCCUCAUGACGGCUGCCGCCAACUCCAACGUCCUCGCCGCCGCCGGCGCCCUCGGCUACCGCGCCCCCGAGCUGUCCAAGCUCAAGAAGGCCAGCGCCAAGACCGACGUGUACAGCCUCGGCGUCAUCAUCCUCGAGCUCCUCACCGGCAAGUCCCCCGCCGAAGCCACCAACGGCAUGGACCUGCCUCAGUGGGUGGCGUCCAUUGUCAAGGAGGAGUGGACCAGCGAGGUGUUCGACCUCGAGCUGAUGCGCGACGGCGACACCGGCCCAGCGGGAGAUGAGCUCGUGGACACGCUGAAGCUGGCGCUGCACUGCGUCGACCAGUCACCGACGGUGAGACCUGAUGCACGGGAGGUGCUCCGGCAGCUCGAGCAGAUCAGGCCGGGGGCGGAGGGCGGCGCCGGGCCUAGCGAGGAAGGUGGCGCGGGCCAUGUGGCUGUAGGCAAUGAGUAGUAAGCAGCUGCUGGGUUCUUGAGCAGAAUUCGAAGAAGAAAUCAAAGCUUGAGAACACUAGAAACAGAGCAGCUAGAGAACAGAGGAAACAGAGAUACUCCUACGUUUCAUUUUAUGAAUUCUUUGAUUUAUUUGAAAGCUUAGUAGUAGCAGUAUUAGUAAGUGGUAGACAUUAUUCGUCUAUGUUGUUUUUGCAGCCUUCUUUCCUUGUAUAGGCAAAUAAGUAAUAUUAUUUGCAACAGAACUGAAUCGCUCUAUCAGAAUAUCAAUAGAAAUACCACAUUGUCUUACUGGAUUCCUUAACCAAACAACAAGAAGAGAUGAAUUCCGCUGGUUUUUAGCAUUAUUGGAAAAAGAACCUAAGGGUGCAAGAGAAGGUUACAACAAAGGGUUUAAUAAUCGCUUAUCAAUUUUGAG